AUGCCCAAACGAAUUCUUUGCUCUUAUGGUGUUGACGUCGAUGCAGUAGCCGGGUGGCUCGGUUCAUAUGGAGGUCAGGACUCGCCCAGUGAUAUCUCUCGUGGUUUGUUCGCCGGAACACAUGGUGUUCGUCGAAUGCUCAAAUUGUUCGACAAGUAUAACAUUAAAGCUACAUGGUUUAUUCCGGGCCACAGUCUUGAGACUUUUCCCGAAGAAUGCGCGAUGGUUCGUGAUGCAGGCCACGAGAUUGGCCUCCAUGGUUACUCUCAUGAAAACCCUUCGGAUAUGACCCUGGAGCAGCAGCGAGAUGUGCUCGAUAAGACUCACAAAAUGUUGACUGAGUUCUGCGGAAAGCCCCCUCGUGGAUCAGUAGCUCCUUGGUGGGAGACUAGCAAAGAGGGCGUGGAUUUAAUGCUCAGCUACGGCAUUGAGUAUGACCAUUCGAUGUCCCACGAUGAUUGUCACAUGUACUGGCUGCGAACAAAUGACAGCUGGACCAAGAUUGAUUACACUCAAAAGGCCGAGACGUGGAUGAAGCCACUAAUCAAGGGUCAGGAUACAGGUCUUGUUGAGAUCCCGGCAAAUUGCCUUCCGCCAAUGAUGUUUGUUAAGAAAAGCCCAAACAGUCAUGGCUGGGUAAACCCGCGCGACGUCGAGGAGUUAUGGAGAGACCACUUUGACUAUUUCUAUCGAGAAUAUGCCGACGACUCGGAUGAAAUUUGUGUAUUUCCCAUAACCUGCCAUCCUGAUGUAUCUGGCCGCCCACAUGUUCUUCUUAUGCACGAGAGAUUAAUCGAGUACAUCAACAAGCACGAGGGCGUUGAGUGGGUAACGAUGGAACAGAUGUGCGAUGAAUUCAAGAAGAAGAAUAAGCCUCCCAAGGGAGCUGUGAUGCCUAAAGCUCAGCAGUAA